GCUCUCCGUAGAAAAUUGGAGAACGAAACAUGGGACAGCUUCGAAAUUCAGCAGCUGCGCUGCUUCUUGUGCUCUCGAUCGCCUCGAUCACCGGGAUCACAGAUGCACAAGACAGACAAGGCCCAGUAGUGCGGAUCGGAGCACUAGGAUCAGUGUUGGGUACCAUGGGCGAAACGGCCUGGACUGCGAGACCCAUCUACAAGUUCUUCAACAUCAAGUAUGCAGAGGCACCGGUUGGAAGACAUCGUUUCCGUGCUCCUCGAAGCGUACGACCCUGGUCCGGAGUGAUGAACGUUACUGCUCCUGGCAGAGCUUGCCCGCAGUCACGUACUGUCUCAAGAGAUGAUCCCGACGCCGAGGAUUGUCUGACGCUAUCCGUCUAUUCCAACGAUCUUCGAGCUAGACGUCCUGUCAUGGUCUAUAUCCAUGGAGGUGCUUUCGUGGUUGGUUCAGCAGAGCGUUUCGGACCGGAAUAUUUGCUCGAGAAAGACAUCGUCCUUGUCGUUAUUCAGUACCGUUUGGGUACGCUCGGAUUUCUCUCUACCGGUACCGAGCGCAUCCCUGGUAAUGCUGCCAUGUACGAUGUGAUGGAAUCCCUCGAGUGGGUAUCUCGUCACAUACGUCACUUUGGUGGAAACCCUCAGGAUGUUACGAUCUUCGGUGAGUCUGCCGGAGGACACGCUGUGUCUGCAAUGCUACACAGUCCUCAGGUGCGUGAGGAUCUCUUCCAUCGCGCCAUCAUCCAGUCCGGAACCGUGUUCAUGCCGUGGGUUAUCUGUCAAGAUCCUACCGAGGGAGCCUACGAAAUUGCUAGAAUCAUUGGGUGCAACAUGACCACACCUAGACAGAUCGACUACUGUCUGAAAAAUGCAUCGGUCCGAGAUCUGGUUCAAGCGCAAAACCAACACAAGAGAAAUGAGUUCAGUUCCCCAGGAUAUCCGAAGGUCGCCGGAGCUUGCAUUACGAUCGGAGGACCAUUCGGAGACAAAAACUUCAUGCCCGUUCAUCCCAAGGAGUCUACCUACUUCCGAGAUGUUCCGAUCAUCUUCGGUAUGAACUCUCAGGAGGGUCUCAUCUUCUUCAACGAAUAUUUCCGUUAUGCUCUGAAUUCGCAACCCAUUGAAUUUGAAGAUCAUUGGGACUUCCUGGAGUUUGUCAAAACUGUUAACGUUAAAUUCGGAUCUGGUGCCUUCGUCGAUGCAGUCGUUGGUUACGAACUGUUGACCAAAGCCAGUUGGGAGGAAAUAGAUCGUGCCAACUUUUCAGAGAUAGUUCCAGUGCUGAUUGAUAUUGCCGGAAACUUGGCCCUCAAGUAUGGAUCGAUGCAGGAGGCCAACCGUUUCGCUAGAGCACAUCCUGGACAAAUCUACCUCUACAACUUUGAUUACUAUGGUCCCCCAUCUCCUGUGACCCCAGGAUUCCCGUACGACUUCCCUAACACAGUUGGACAUGGCGACGAGCUUAAGUAUCUGUUUCCGAUGUCCAACGUCCUCGAUGAGGUUCACGUGCAAAUGGCUAAAAUUAUGGUCGAUCUCUGGACUUCCUUCGCAACUACUGGUGUACCACAGGCCGACAACGUCAUUCCAUGGCCGACUGUAUCCAGACCGUACGGCCCCUACUUUCGACUAGUCAACCCGCCAGAAAAGAUGGAAUAUUUCGUGCACGAGCUUACUAACAGCGUUGAGAAGGCUCGAGGACCCAGAGCGUCGGACGAUCUUAAGAGCUGUGCUAAACUUUUCCGCAAACGGGUUCCCAAGAACUGAACGGCAAUGAGAACAAAAUGUUGUAUGUCUACUGAACCUAUCCUUAUGUUAUCAGGCAUCUUUAUGCCAAAAUUACUAAUAAAAUAGUCAUCAAGCAUCAAGCUCUUACACGAGUCCUUUUAUUAUCUUAGAUAACGCUACAUUGAGUUAUCUUAAGCGAACCUGUAGUGCAGGGAUGUCAAACUCACUUUUAAUGAAUUUCGGGCUGCAAGUGUUUGUCCUACUAACUUUCCUUC